CCGUCUUACCGACCCCCACUCCCCCUUCAAACCAUGAAGCCUUUGGAGAAAUUUUUAAAGAAGCAGAGCUCUCAUAUCUCAGGUCCUAAGCACCUCCACCGCAGGCAGAGCGUGUCGAAAAUCCUGCCCUCCUUCCUGAGGGAUAACCCGGGAGAUUCGUCUGGUGGGGAGAAAUGCGAGGAAGACCCCAGUGCCGGACCCACGCCUUCCCACGACUGCUUGGAGCUGCCGGAUGGACUGCGUUCCCCUCUUUCCUUCUCUUCGGAUGAACUGUCACCUUCAGAACCUGUCACCCCGCCACCUGGGUCUGGUGGAUGGACACUCUCUCCUCCUGGGCCGCUGCUUGCCCCAGAUACCCCAGAGGCUCUCCUGGGGAGGGUAUUGGACCAGUUACUAACUGCCCCAAGACUAAGCGAUGCGGCCGAACUAGCGUUGGACGAUUUCAUACUCACCCACACACUGUUUCUGCCUACGGAUGAACUUCUAGUCCAGUUACAACAAUAUUUCUGUGGGUGUAGCCGACACACGUCUCCGACGUGGGAAGGAGGUGAUGCCGUGCAGAAGAAGCAAGCGGUCCUCUGUUCUCUUCUGCAUCUCCUGGACACAUAUAAGGACUCUCUGCAGGAAGAGGAGCGCACUUUCCAGCUAAUCAAGGAUUUCUAUGUCUUGGUGAUGCGGGAUGCUCCAAACCUUCCACAGCUCGAGGGGAAUGUCAUCAGGCUGCAUCGACUGGUGGAGACAGCUGAACUCAGGCUUACAGAUGGCAGUGCGGCUCCCUGCUCCAAACAGGUCAAGCCCUUAUUCCGCCAUUUUCGACGGAUCGACUCCUGCCUGCAGCCGCGGGUGGCAUUCAGGGGUUCUGAUGAAAUCUUCUGCAGGGUCUAUAUGCCUGACCAUUCAUAUGUUACCAUCCGAAGUCGCCUGUCUGCAUCAGUCUCUGACAUUCUCAGCUCUGUCUCCGAAAAGCUCCAAUACUCAGAGGAGCAAGGACAGAGGGAGGAACCUUUAAUAUUAGUGGCCGUUACCAGCGCUGGAGAAAAGGUUCUCCUGAAGCCGGAUGACGGUUGCAUCUUUACGACCUUGGGCAUUAACAGUCACUUGUUUGCAUGUAACCGGGAUGAGCUGUGCUCUUUGGUUCCCUUGCCAGAAGAGGUUCAGCUGCCUCCUGAGGAUUCUCAUAUUCAUCGAAUAGAGGCAGAAGAUCUGGCCAACCACCUGAGUGCUUUUCAUUGGGAACUCUUCAGCUGUGUGCAUGAGCUGGAGUUCGUAGAUUAUGUGUUUCAUGUAGAGCGCGGACGCAGAGAGACGGCCAAUCUGGAGCUUCUCCUGCAGAGGUGCAGCGAGGUACAGCACUGGGUCAGUACGCAAACGCUGCUCUGUGAGGCUCCAGCGAGGAGGACCCAACUUCUCAAGAAGUUUAUCAAGACAGCAGCCAUAUGCAAACAGAACCAGGACAUCUUAUCGUUUUUUGCCAUAGUGAUGGGAUUGGACAAUGGGGCAGUAAGCCGUUUACGUGUUUCCUGGGAGAAACUACCUGGGAAGUUUAAGAAUCUCUUCAGGAAGUUUGAGAAUUUAACGGAUCCAUGCAGGAAUCACAAGUCCUAUCGGGAAAUGGUGUCUCGCAUGAGACCCCCAGUAAUCCCAUUUAUCCCUCUUAUCCUGAAAGACCUCACAUUUCUACACGAGGGUAGCAAAACCUUCAUUGAUGGGCUUGUGAAUGUGGAGAAAAUGCAUGCCAUAGCAGAAAAAGUGAGGACCGUACGGAAAUAUCGGAGCAGCCAGAUGAGACUGGACACAGAUGUCUCCCCAACUCACCUACAGAAUAAAGCUUAUGUGCGCCAGUUCCAGGUCAUCGACAACCAGAACCUGUUGUUUGAGCUGUCCUACAAGCUGGAACCCAGCGCGCAGUGAUCAGAGCUGCACGACAAGCUGCUACAUGGGCCAUACAAGGAACAGUUCUACACUAGACCUCACCACAUAAUGUACUGUGUACAGUACAGUGUUCCUGAGGACAGUCCACAACCUGUGCCAUAUAAAACGUAUCAUGUUUACCGUUACAGUACAGAGUGCCACCUACUGACUUUUUUUCAACUUGGACUUUUACCGAGUCGGUGGCUUUGAAAGAGUCAUGGACACAGAUAUUUUUGUAAGAAGAUGACAUGUAUAGUCUCAUUUGUGCUAUUUUCUUAUGGGGGGGAA